UUAAGGGACAAACUGUGCGCAUUAGUCCCCCUGAACCGGGGUUGUUCACAAAUAUAAUUUGGGCACAAUAUGGUGGAGCCGGUGGGAUUCAUUGAAGCGUGGAAAGCACAGUUCCCUGAAUCAGAGCCCCCCAAGAUGGAGCUGCGUUCGGUUGGUGGUAUUGAGCAAGAGCUGGAAAAGUGUAAAGCAUCCAUCAGGCGCCUGGAGCAAGAGGUGAACAAGGAGCGCUUCCGCAUGAUCUACUUGCAGACCCUCCUGGCUAAGGAGAGGAAAAGCUAUGACAAGCAGCGGUGGGGCUUCAGGAAGACCCCCCUGAAUGAGGGGGUGGACCCUGCAGCCCCACAGGGUGCAGAGUCCCAGUCCCAGCAGCCACACAUGCAGGAGACUGGUGGAGUUGGAGUAGUUGUGGGAGGAUGUGGUGGAGGUUACGCUGGUGUAAGUGGGGGUGUUGGGGACAGGAACCGUUAUCAGCCACUUGGAGAUGGAACCGGCAGGUCCAAACCUAGGCCUCCGCCUGCCAGGAAAUCAGCCUCCCACGGAGAUGGCCUGGAGUCAGCCUUUGAGGUACCUCAGCAGGCUGAGUCAAUGUCCUGUGACAACCUCGAUGGCCUCUCACCAUCCAAGCAAAGAGGAGGCAUCACUGUUUCACCCCGCAGACCCAACCUCCCACCCCCAGACAAAGAACUGCCCACUGACCCAAAGGACAAGCUGGGGAUGGGACUUGGUGUGGCAGCUCUUAGGUCCAACUUUGAGAGGAUCAAGCGGGCCAACUCUCACUCUGCGGGUGAUGUAGCUAAGGGCCAGGAGAAGCCACUGCCACCACCGCCCUUCUACACCAACAUGGAAUUUCACCAUGAGAGAGGUCUGGUCAGGGUCAAUGACCGUGACGUUUCCGACAAGAUCAGCUCCCUGGGCAGCCAGGCCAUGCAGAUGGAGCGAAAGAGAUCUCUGCACUCCCUCCCAGGUAACCUGGCAACGGUAGCAGGAGAGCUCCGCGCCAGGCCAGUGUAUAGAGGGCGCUCUACCGAGAGCACCUGUGGCUAUGAUGCAGAAUAUGAAGAUGGAGAUCCCAACCAGCGUCAUUCAGGGAGGGCUAAUGGGGGCAAACCUCCACCCCCACCUUGGCAGCCCUCCGAGUUCCAGGCAUAUUCCAGUGUCUAUGUCGGCGGGGUGAUGAUGGGUGAAGGUGGUGGCGGAGAUGGGAGAGGUGGUGGCGGAGGUGGUAGUGGAGUCACAAUGAGAGACCACGGGGGAGGUGACGACCACCUCCUGACCUGGCCACGCCGUUCCUACUCGCCGGGGAGCUUUGAGGACGUUGGUGGAGGUGGCGGAUACACACCAGACUGCAGCUCCAAUGAGAACCUGACGUCCAGUGAGGAGGACUUCUCCUCAGGCCAGUCCAGCCAUGUCUCACCCAGCCCCACUACAGCCUUCCGCCGGCCCUUCAGGGAGAAGAGCCGCUCGCCGUCCCAGAACUCCCAGAACUCCCAGCACUCCUUUGACAGCAGCAGCCCUCCGACGCCGCAGUCCCAGAAGCGUCACCACCGGCAGCAGGGAGGCCAUGUGGUCAUGUCUGAGGCCACUAUUGUGAGUGUCCGCAAGACUGGUCAAAUCUGGCCACCUGCUGCCCAUCAUGACCUUGUGCCCCAUGGGAGAACAUCGCAUGACAACAGUUUCCAUGGAGACCACCUAGAUGGUCAUUUCACCGGGACCCCUCCCUCAUAUGGGUACGAUGCAGACCGUGCAGAAGAGCAGCGGAGGCACCACGACAUCCUACCUUACAUCGAUGACUCACCGUCAUCUUCACCGCACCUCAGCUCCAAGAGCCGCAGCAGUCGGGACACCCUCUCCUCUGGAUCUUUGGAGUCCUCCAAAUCGACUGAAUGUGACCUGGAAAAAGGUUUGGAGAUGAGGAAGUGGGUCCUGUCUGGGAUUUUGGCCAGCGAGGAAACAUACCUCAGCCACCUGGAAGCACUGCUUCUGCCCAUGAAGCCUUUGAAGGCUGCAGCUACAACAUCGCAGCCUGUGCUCACUGUGGCCCAGAUAGAAACCAUAUUCUUCAAAGUGCCUGAACUAUAUGAGGUCCACAAGGAGUUCUACGACGGACUUCUGCCCCGCGUCCAGCAGUGGAGCCACCACCAGAGAGUUGGGGAUCUCUUCCAGAAACUGGCCAGCCAGUUAGGAGUUUACCGGGCCUUCGUAGACAACUACGAGUUGGCCGUGGAGACAGCAGAGAAGUGCUGCCAGGCUAACACGCAGUUUGCUGAAAUCUCUGAGAACCUGAGGGUGAGGAGCCCCAAGGACUGUAAGGACCAGACGGCCAAGAACUCUCUAGAAGCUCUCCUAUAUAAACCAGUGGACAGAGUGACACGCAGCACAUUGGUGCUUCAUGACUUGCUCAAACACACGCCCACCAGCCACCCGGACCAUCCUCUCCUGCAGGAUGCCUUGCGGAUCUCCCAGAACUUUCUGUCCAGCAUCAACGAGGAGACCACGCCCCGACGCCAGUCCAUGACCGUCAAGAAGGGAGAGAAUCGGCAGCUGUUGAGAGAUAGUUUCAUGGUAGAGUUGGUGGAGGGAGCCAGGAAGCUGCGGCAUGUCUUCUUCUUCAGUGACCUGCUGCUCUGCGCCAAACUGAAGAAACAGAUCGGAGGUAAAAACCAACAGUAUGACAGUAAGUGGUACAUCCCCCUAACCGAGCUGACCUUCCAGGGCCCCGAAGAGGCCGAGCCACUUACUAUCCCCCAGGUCCCAGAUGAAGAGCUGGACGCCAUGAAAGUUAAGAUCUCACACCUCCGCAGUGAGAUCCAGAGAGAGAAGAGAGCCAACAAGGGUUCAAAAGUCAUCGACCGUCUCAGGAAGAAGCUGUCUGAGCAGGAGUCUCUGCUCCUCCUCACGUCUCCAAGCACGCCCCUCCGACUAUACAACAAGAACGGCAAGAGUUACAGUUUUCUGAUUUCAUCUGACUAUGAACGUGCAGAGUGGAAGGAAAUAAUUAAGGAACAGCAGAAGAAAUGUUUGAAAACGUCCUCCUUGACUUCUAUGGAGCUGCAGAUGUUGACCAGCUCCUGUUUAAAACUGCAGACUGUCCACCACAUUCCACUUAGUGUCAAUAAAGAGGAGGAUGAAUCCCCCGGUCUCUACGGGUUCCUGAAUGUAAUCGUCCACUCUGCCUCCGGCCUCAAACAGAGCUUGAAUCUCUACUGCACAAUGGAGGUGGACUCCUUUGGCUUCUUUUCAAAUAAAGCCAAGACGAGAGUAUAUAGAUAUACCACUGAACCCAAAUGGAAUGAGGAGUUUGAGAUUGAGCUGGAGGGCUCUCAGACCCUGAGGCUCCUCUGCUAUGAGAAGUGUUACAACAAGACCAAACAGAACAAAGAGGAUGGAGAGAGCUCAGACCGCAUCAUGGGGAAAGGACAGAUCCCGCUCGACCCUCAGACUCUUCAAGGCAAAGACUGGCAGAGAACAGUUAUUCCCAUGAACGGGAUCGAGGUCAAACUGUCCAUGAAGUUCACCAGCCGAGAGUUCAGCCUGAAGAGGAUGCCCUCGCGGAAACCCAUGGGUGUGUUUGGAAUCAAGAUUUCCACAGUGACCAAGCGAGAACGCUCCAAGGUGCCCUACAUUGUCCGGCAGUGCCUAGAGGAGAUUGAAAGGAGGGGUAUGGAGGAGGUGGGCAUCUACCGAGUAUCAGGAGUGGCCACAGACAUUCAAGCCCUGAAGACUGCCUUUGACACCAAUCAUAAAGACGUGUCAGUGAUGAUGAGCGAGAUGGACGUCAACGCCAUCGCCGGGACCUUGAAGCUGUACUUCAGAGAGCUGCCAGAGCCGCUCUUCACUGAUGAGCUCUACCCCAAUUUUGCAGGCGGCAUCACCCUGUCUGAUAGUGUUGCCAAAGAGAGCUGUAUGCUGAACUUGCUACUGUCACUGCCAGAACCAAACCUGGUCACAUUCCUGUUCCUUCUGGAUCACCUGAAGAGGGUGGCAGAGAAGGAGAGCAUCAACAAGAUGUCUCUCCACAACCUGGCAACGGUGUUUGGGCCAACCUUGUUGAGGCCCUCUGAGAAGGACAGCAAGAUCCCCACUAACCCAACACAACCCAUCAGCAUGGGGGACAGCUGGUCCCUGGAAGUUAUGGCUCAGGUCCAGGUGUUGCUGUAUUUCCUGCAGCUGGAGACGAUCCCCACACCAGACAGUAAACGACAGAGCAUCCUCUUCUCCACUGAAGUAUAG